CCGGGGGAGCGCGGCCGCCUCCGUCCCCCACAGCGGCGGCCCUGGGGCCAGGGGACAUCCCUGGGGACAUCCCUGGGGACAUCCUCGCUGCUGCCGCUGCCUGCUCCGGAGCUGUGCCCAGCACUGCCUCUGCCCUGCCUGCCAUCGGUCCCCGCAGCCCAAGCCAGCAGGUGCUGCCGUGGGUCGCUCCUGCUCACAGAGCCCACGAACCCCAGCUGUGGGAUUUGUUGCGGGGUGGGGGGGUUCCCUUUUCCUCCGGCUCUGUUUCGGGGAGAGGAAGGUGCUGCUGGCGGGGACGUGUCACAGCCUGGGGGGUGACGCUGCACAUCUGAGCACCCCCUGCCCCGCCAGCACCCAAGGGCUAGGGGGUCCCUGAACCUGCGGGGCUGGGCCGGCCUGAAGCGGGCGGGGAGCGGAGCGGGGCCGGGCCGGGAACGGGGCCGGGAGCGGGGCCGGGCCGGGAACGGGGCCGGGCCGCUCCGCCCCGCUCCGCCCCCGGGCCCGCCCGUCCCGCCAUGGCGGCGGCCUUCACCGCCCUCCGUGUCCUGCUUGGGCUCUUCUUUUUCCUCACGGGCGCCCUGAAGGUCUCGGACUGGCUCUCUGCCGACCUGCACCGGCACAUGGCAUCGGAGUUUGUGCGCUUUGCCAAGGUGUUUCCCCUGAAGGACCUGGGGUUUGUGCCGGAGCCAGGCAGGUACCUGGCAGCCGUGGGCUGGGUGGAGGUGACAGCCGGGCUGUUGCUGGCAUUUGGGCCCCAGCUGCUGCAGGAGAUCAGCAACUUCAUCCUCAGUGUCGUCAUGAUCGGUGCCAUCUACACGCUGCUGGCGCUGCAGGAGCCGCUGGCCAUGUGUGCCCCGGCCACCCUCUCCCUCGGCCUUCUCCUGCUGCUCAACAUCCGUGGGUACCCAGCUGCCCCCCGGCCCAAGUUCGAGUGACAAGAGGCGGGAAGGACAGAUGGAAAGACAGACGGGAAGGACAGACGGCUGGGCCGCUAGGGAGCAACACCUUUAUGGUAUUUUCAGGGACGACGUCGCAUCCUGCAGGGUAACUUGCUGAUGAGACACAGUGUGUCCUCUCCUGCCUCUGCCAGUGACUCUGGUGCUCGUUGUCCCCACGCUGUGGGACCUGAGCUGUCCCCACACUGUGGGGCAGUGGCCAUGGCACCGCUGUGACACUGCCGUGGCACUGCUCCAGCAGCUCUGCUGCUGAACUCGCACAAGGUGUCCGGCUCUUUCCGGAGUUUGGCCACGCCAAGCAGGGGCUGGCUCUGCUCUCUUGGGGGCUUUCAAAUUUUGGAAUAAAACCUCUUGUUUUUCA